AUGAAGGGGUAUGCAACAGGGGCGCUGACCGUGCCAACUUCAGAUGCUGGAGCGACGUCAGCAGCGAGGGAGAAGCGCAAGCGGUUGCUGCGCAUCAUCUGCAGCCCUAACGAGUUGAAGCCUUUCGCAAGGGAGCGUCAGCAGAUUGACGUUGCUGUUGAGGCUGAGGAGGUUGCGUUCCAGCUUGAGCAAGUUGUGUUGCUGGACGUGCGGCGUAUGACUGGCGCUGAGCGGACGUUUAAGACUGUCAUCAGGCCUAUCUUCCAAAUAAUAUGCUUCUUCCUUGUCGAGCAUGAGUUGUUCGUGCAUAUAUUCCAGUUGCUGCCACUUGAGAUCUUCCUGCGCAUCAUAUGCGCGUACUUAUAG